CUCACCUGGAAUCCCAAGCACGGGGAGAAAGUCAAGAUCGGAAACUCCAAAUGCCUCUGGACUGUCUAGACAACCAAGUCUCCCAAGUGGGACCCCAAGAAAGUGGGAUGGGAUGCUCAGAUCACUGCGCCCAUGCCGUUGGAAGGACUGUACAGCCUCCUGUCAGAUUCCAAGCAACAGAAAAUGGAAACGCUGAUUGGUUACGACCGCUACAAUGGUGAAAGAUUGGAAUAUGUAACAAAAGAUUUCUUCCAAACAAGUCCGAACAAGAUCUCCUCGAAGGCUGUCACAGACGAUGUCCUGGGGUUUUGUUCCUUGGUUCUGUCGUAUGCGAAAGCGGCGGAGUCGAUGCAGCCGAAUGCAAGCCCGAAGAUGAACAUCGCGAUCAUGCCUCGCACAGAUUUCAACACGAUGUUCAAACAAGUCAGCAAGAAGAUUGGCGGUGAUCUGUUCCAGCUGUUCGACGUACUUGCGUGUUACAAAUCGACAUGGGACCAUGCCAAGAAAAAGUACACGGUUAGCCUCGAUACAAGGUUCUGUACUGGCACGCUUGACAAACCAAAGAGCCUUAACGAGUUCGCAGGUAAGACUUACAAGGACGGUGGUGUCGAAAUGAAUGUGAAAGCGUGGAUUCAAGGAAUUGGCGCAGGACAGCCAUCUCCGGAUCUCUUCACCACCUUCGAUAAGAAUUUCGACGGGUCCAUCGGAGGCCUGGGGUCGAAAACCGAACUUAUGUACAAAUCUGCGCGGGAAGUCCCCUUGUUCGAGUUCCGGGGGCUUAUGGGCGGUCAUAUCAUAACAGAAACGCUUGGGACUUUCAUGGCCAGUGUCGACAAAGAGAUCCAGGAACUCCACACAAAGUACGCAAAGGCGGCCUGAGGGAUCGGAAAGGCAGAGGGCCUCGACUCGCGGUGAUGUGCAAGGCAUUGAGGCACAGGCUGGUGGAGGCCUCAGCCCGUUCGAGUGCGGCUCACGAAGCGACCUUGCAGCUUAGAAGCGCCUCUCUAAUACCGUAGCACAAUGGAAAUCUUCAUCUUCUCC